CAACUUUAGCUGUUUAAUCAAUAACCUUUGUCGCUAUCACAAGCAUUACUCGGUGAAUUAAUCACAGAAUCGAUAAGAUGCCGUGUUCAUGUCCACCCUGCUCUGUGCUCGAUUGCUCCUCCCUAUUCCAAUAUGGCGCUGUAAAAAGCCCAGGUUUGUUUUCCACGGGAGCAAAGUAUGUUUAAGAGCAUUAACCGCACGGCCCAGUUCACCAGACAGCUCCAGACAGCAGGCAGCACUUUCUGUUUUACCCAGGAGAUUAGGCUGGCGUCUACCUUACCACCCAAAAUGACCGACCCGGCUGUGAAGAGGGUGGUAAGUGACAUCAUUCGCUCUCCGGAGGACAAAAGAGUUUACAGAGGUCUGGAGUUCACCAACGGCCUGAAGGCCAUCCUCAUCAGUGACCCGACCACAGACAAAUCUUCAGCUGCUCUGGACGUCCAAAUAGGUUCGUUAUCGGACCCGGGGAACAUCUCGGGCCUGGCACACUUCUGCGAGCACAUGUUGUUCCUGGGAACCAAGAAGUACCCCAAAGAGAACGAGUACAGCCAGUUCCUCAGCGAGCACGCCGGCAGCUCCAACGCCUUCACCAGCGGAGAGCACACCAACUACUACUUCGACGUUUCCCACGAGCACCUGGAAGGAGCUCUAGAUAGGUUUGCCCAGUUCUUCCUGUGCCCGCUGUUUGAUGAGAGCUGUAAGGACCGGGAGGUGAACGCGGUGGACUCUGAGCACGAGAAGAACCUGAUGAACGACGCCUGGAGGCUCUUCCAGCUGGAGAAGGCCACCGGAAACCCCAACCACCCCUUCAGCAAGUUUGGAACAGGGAACAAGUUGACUCUUGAGACGCGUCCCUCUAAAGACGGCAUCGACGUGCGCCAGGAGCUCCUGAAGUUCCACUCUACAUAUUACUCCUCCAACCUGAUGGGACUCUGUGUGUUAGGGAGAGAAUCACUAGAUGAUUUAACCUCCAUGGUGGUGAAACUGUUUGGAGAAGUUGAGAACAAGAACGUCCCGAUCCCAGAGUUCCCUGAACACCCCUUCCAGCUAGAACACCUCAAACAAUUCUACAAAGUGGUUCCUAUUAAAGACAUCAGGAACCUGUAUGUGACGUUCCCCAUCCCGGACCUCCAGAAGUACUACAAGUCUAACCCGGGACACUAUCUGGGACACCUGAUCGGCCACGAGGGACCCGGGAGUCUGUUAUCAGAGCUCAAAUCUAAAGGCUGGGUGAACACGCUGGUUGGAGGACAGAAGGAAGGAGCCAGGGGAUUCAUGUUCUUCAUCAUCAACGUGGACCUGACGGAGGAGGGGCUCUUGCACGUGGAGGACAUCAUCUUCCACAUGUUCCAGUACAUCCAGAAGCUGCGGACCGAGGGUCCCCAGGCCUGGGUGUUUGAGGAGUGCAAGGAUCUGAACAAAGUGGCGUUCAGGUUCAAGGACAAGGAGCGUCCCCGCGGCUACACCUCUAAAGUGGCCGGCCUCGUACACUACUACCCUCUGGAGGAGGUUCUAGCAGCAGAGUACCUGCUGGAGGACUUCAGGCCGGAUCUGAUCGAGAUGGUGCUGGACAAGCUGAGACCAGAACACGUCAGAGUUGCAGUGGUGUCCAAGUCAUUUGAGGGACAAACAGACAAGACAGAAGAGUGGUACGGCACGCAGUACAAGCAGGAGGCCAUCUCUGAAGAAUCCCUGGAGAAAUGGGCGAGUGCAGACCUCAACGGGAAGUUCAAGCUGCCGAUGAAGAACGAGUUCAUCCCCACCAACUUUGAGAUCUAUCCUCUGGAGAAGGACUCUCCCACUGUCCCCACUUUAAUCAAGGACACUGCUAUGAGCAAGGUGUGGUUCAAGCAGGAUGAUAAGUUCUUCCUGCCCAAAGCCUGCCUCAACUUUGAGUUCUUCAGUCGCUACCUAUACGCAGACCCGCUGCACUGCAACAUGACCUACUUGUUGCUCAGGUUACUGAAGGAUGAUUUAAAAGAGUAUACAUAUGCAGCCCGCCUGGCCGGGCUGGUGUACGGCGUAGCCUCGGGGAUGAAUGCCAUCCUCCUGUCUGUGAAAGGUUACAAUGACAAACAGCACAUCCUGCUGAAGAAGAUCAUCGAGAAGAUGGCCACGUUCGAGAUCGACGAGAAGCGCUUCGACAUCAUCAAAGAGGCGUAUAUGAGGUCUCUGAAUAACUUCAGGGCCGAGCAGCCGCACCAGCACGCCAUGUACUACCUCCGCCUGCUGAUGACCGAGGUGGCCUGGACCAAAGACGAGCUGCGGGAGGCUCUGGACGAUGUAACUCUCCCACGCCUCAAGGCCUUCAUACCUCAGCUAUUGUCACGGUUACAUAUUGAAGCUCUUCUCCAUGGCAACAUCACCAAGGAGUCGGCGCUCGGCAUGCUGCAGAUGUUGGAGGACACGCUCAUCGAGCACGCUCACACUAAGCCCCUCCUCCCCAGCCAGCUGAUCCGCUACAGAGAGGUGCAGGUCCCAGACGGCGGCUGGUAUGUUUACCAGCAGAGGAACGAGGUGCACAACAACUGCGGCAUCGAGAUUUACUACCAGACGGACAUGCAGAGCACCCAGGACAACAUGCUGCUGGAGCUCUUCUGCCAGAUCAUCUCCGAGCCCUGCUUCAACACGCUGAGAACCAAAGAACAGCUGGGCUACAUCGUGUUCAGCGGGCCUCGGCGGGCCAACGGCGUGCAGGGCCUGCGCUUCAUCAUCCAGUCGGAGAAGGCGCCCCACUACCUGGAGAGCCGUGUGGAGGCGUUCCUCUGCACCAUGGAGAAGGCUCUGGAGGAGAUGAACGAGGAAGCCUUCCAGAAACACAUCCAGGCUCUGGCCAUCCGCCGCCUGGACAAGCCCAAGAAGCUGUCUGCUGAGUGCGCCAAGUACUGGGGGGAGAUCAUCUCUCAGCAGUAUAACUUUGACAGAGAUAACACUGAAGUGGCCUAUCUGAAGACGUUGACGAAAGAAAACGUGAUGCAAUUCUACAGAGAUCGUCUGACAGUGGAAGCCCCGAAGAGACACAAGGUGUCGGUGCACGUCCUGUCCAGAGAGAUGGACUCCUGUCCAAUCGUUGGAGAGUUUCCCGCUCAGAACGACGUCAACCUGGCCCCCGCCCCCUCCCUGCCACAGCCGUCUCUGGUUCAGGACAUGACGGAGUUCAAGAGGAGCCUCCCUCUGUUCCCUCUGGUCAAACCACACAUCAACUUCAUGGCUGCCAAACUGUGAGGGAGGACCGGUGGACACACAGCAGCACCUCCUCCUCCUCCUCCUCCUCCACCUCCCGUCAGGACGACCUCCAUCGACUGAGCCUGUGUGUCUCUGUGUGUGUGUGUGUGAGCGGGUGCAUGUGAAUGCGUGUGUGCACGUGUGGCAGCCGGAGCCACUUAGACCAGAAGUUUGGGAUUUAAAAAAUGAAAGUGCGUGUAUUUUUUUGGGGAAUCACAAAGUUUAGGCGGUUGUGGCCGUAGCUGUAACGGUAGAGUUCACAGACUCCUCAUGUUAAAGGAGACGCAACACUCACACAUCAGUCUGUCGGCUGGUAGAGGAAAUAGAAAACACCUCAAAAUAAGAAAAGAAAAGAAAAGACGAGGGCCAGAUCCCUUUAAACAAGCAGAAGCUUCACAGUAGGAGGUUUUAUUUUAUUCAGUCGUGCUGCUCUGAGAACGGAUCGCUGGUUUAUUGUGAUGAAGUAGCUCCAUGAAGGUUUUCUUUGUUUCUUUUAAUUUCCUGGACUGGUAUUGUUGGACCCUGAAGGCACCACGGCGACUCUCCUGACAACAGAAGACGCUCACUUUAAAAUAUUUUACUCAAAUUGAUGCAUUUCUGAAGAAUAUCUGCUUUUUUUUCCUUUUUUUUUUUUAAUCCUCGCUGGUUUUUAAAGUGUCGUUGCUUGUUAAACUGGUAAAAUGUUGGAGCCUUUGAGGAGCUGUUUGAACUCGCUAAUCAAGAGAGCCCAUGCCCAUAAAGAAUUUUUAAUUUUAAUUUAAUUGCAUUUUUACAGACACCUCAGGGGAACCUCUAUGCUGUUUUUUUAACAUUCAAUUUUACUAGUGAUCGAUUAAAAAUAAAAACCACUUUUAUCCGUGUGUCAGUAGUGCAGCAGUGCUUCGUUCACCUCACAGAAGUUGUUGUUUUUUCUCUCCAAGUUAUUUUUGUAGAAAUAAAAUAAUGGCAGCAGUAUUUUUUUUUUUUUUUUGUUCUAAGCUCCAGGGAGAUCUUUGUGUUUUGUGCCUUCCAGCGAGGCGUCUGUUAGUCUGUUAGUCUGUGUGUCUGCACUGAGCUGAUCCGGGGCAGAGUCCUGGUCCUGGUCCUGGAGGAUCUGACCCCCUUACUUAAAUGCUGGACUGUGCUCCGGCUUUUUUUAAACGCAGAGAUCGCCUUCUCUCUCUCUCGAUAGAAACAUUUCAUGUUGAUGUCUACGAAAGGGGAAAGAAACUCCGUCUGGAUUUAUUUAAACUGAAUAUAUGCACUUCUCUCACUAAGCAAUAAACUUAAUGAUGUGGACAGGAAACAGAGGCAGACGAGGCUCUGCUCUGCUGAGUAGCUGCAGCAGAUCCAGAUCCUGAUCCAGAUUCUGAUCCAGAUCGAGCCGCGGAGAGGACCGAUAGUGAUGUCAGUGUCUCUCAGGUGCUAACCAGCUCCGCGUGUCCAAACCGCUGCUGGUGAAGCUGCCAACCGUCUGUUCAAACAGCCAAAAAAAAGAAAAAAAAUCUGAUUUAAUUUGUCCCUCCUUGGCCUCCGUAGAUCCCUGCUCUCGCUCUUUGCUUCUCGUGACGCUCGCUGCCUGUUUUUAAGAAUGAUUUCUGAUUGUUGCAUCAAAAGCUUCUUCAAUGUUUUCCAGCAUUUUGCUACGUCUCAACCCGAUCGAAACCAUUUCAGUUUUUAAAGUAACGAGCGAUUUAUCGGCUUUUUGUUAAAGGCACGUUGACCUUUUAGCAGUGGGAAACCCAAAGACGAGCAGCAGCAGCAGCAGAUUACUUUAGAUCCCACAGGAAGUAGCUGGACAGCACCUGGGGAUGGUGACGAAGCCGUUUUCAUGCAGUGUUCAGAAUAAAACUAGCAACAUUACAUAUCAGGCUUGGCCAUGCACUGUUUACCUUGUGAAGUACCUAGUGAUCGGUUUACAUUUAGACGAAUCCGAAGCUUUUCUUGAUUUCUGAAUGUCAAUUUAAGAGGCUGAUUGACUGGUGAUCCAAGACUUUCAGUUUGUUUUUAUUGUCUCCUGUGUGUUUCUAAUUAAUAAACUACUGAAUGGAAACAA